GACAAAAGGGGCCGCAGCGGAAUCACACUGAUUCUGAGUUUUGCACAGAUCCAGCAGAGCUAAUUUCUGCUCAAUUGUGAAGCUCCCACCUGGUUCCUGCCUGCGAACAAAUUCUCAAGCAGGUAGAUCCCACAUUGUAUAGCUUAGCAAGUUGGUUCAGCACGAGGCAACGGAUUUAAAUCACUAGUAGCUUGUACAAGGCAAGAGAAGAAUUAGUUACUGUCCAGGGAUGGUAGGCAAAAUGGCUAUUGGAACAAAGUGGCAGCAACAAACUACUAGUUAUAACCAAAGCUUUGAAGGAACGUUGCAAAUUGCUAGGGAUUUCAAUCAGAAUUUAGAUAUUUUGGCGCAAAGGAUUGAAACCCUGCGGAAGGAAGAGGCAAGGAGGUACGAAAUUAUGAUGGAGGAGGAGGCCCGCAGGCAUGAACAACUCCUAGAGUUGAUUAGAAGCCGAUUUGUGCAUGCUAGAGAAGAAGAGAUAACAGUGCAGGUCCCAAAAGAAGAGAAAAAGCUAAUACCCAUACCCAUUCCUCUAGAGAAAAGAGUUAGUUCACUGACUAAUUCCGUAAUCGACCAACCAGCUGCAGUGAAGGAAGUAGAGCAAAAGCACAAAACGAGUCUACAGAUUGAGGCCAACAGGAUGUGUAAAGUGAAGUUGAGGGACAGUGUUAGCAAGCCGGAGGAGCUGCUGAAGCCGCUUGCAGCACAGCCACCUCUAUUCAAGCCUGCCCACAAUGCCCUAAACGCCUACGCGGCUUCAACAAAAUUUGGAAGUACUGCAGAAGCUGCCAAGAACAUAGCUCACAAUUCUAAAGAAAGCAUUGAUUAUUAUCUUAUCGAAGGGGCUGUACCAAGUGAGCAAACGAAGACGCAAGGGCUAAGCGACGGAGAGGAGUUUAUUACAGGGAAGCAAUGCGAGAAUAGCUCCUUGCAUUUGUUACCAGCACAGAAAAAAGGUGCACUGGGUGCUGAAUCUGAAACAGCAAAAGAAGGAUGUGAGCCACAACAAGUAGAAGAAGGAAAUGCCUAUGACGCUGUAAUUAUCAAGGAGUCAAAUAACCAAGCCCUUCUAAGUUUGGUUGAUGAUAGAAGCCUACAUAGCCUUAUUGACUUCGGAGCGGCAAAAGCUACCAAAGUGGGGUCUACUACUUUUGCACCCUUGAUAGUGAAAGCAGGUCCCGAGAAGCUAGACAAUAGUUAUUACCCUCAGUUUGCAAAGAAGGAGCAAGGUCACCAACCCCUUGCUGAUUCAAGGAAAUCGAGGCUCAAAGGUUCAGAUACAGCGCUGGGAAUUGAUGAGAUGCAGAAAUAUAAGCAAGUGCCUUUUGAUCCUGGACCCAAUGAGGGGACCACUCAUAGCAUUGAAGGAGUAAGGCAAGACCACAAUGUCUGGGCCAAACUAAGAGAAUUGAGGCUUGAAGGAUUGGAUCGAGUGCCUAGAACUGACUGGUUGAAGACAUAUAAGCCAGUGCUAUGUGAUCUUGAACAAGACAAGGUAACAAUUCCUAAUGUUGAAGGAGUUUCUCACAUUCCUAUCAUCACAAGUGAGCUACCAAUGGUAAUCAAGCAUAGAGCACAAGUAAUAGUAGUUCGGCCCUAUUGGAUUAAACCUGAAGCAACAAUGGAGAAGACACACGCUUGCAUACAAAAGCCACAUAGAGAAAUUACAGAUUCCACUCAAAAGAAGGAAAUUGUUGCAAUUCUUUUGGAAGUGAACAGCCAAUUCCAUGCCAAAUCUUUUCCGAGGAUGGACUUUCUUAUGUUCAGUGGAAAUAACCUUCGAAAUUGGAUUGGGGGCUAUGAGCAAUGCUUCGAGCUACACCAAAUCAAUAAUCAACAAGAGGUGGAAUUUGCACCAAUGUUGAGGCAGCAAGAGAGAUCACAAGACUUGCGGAAUCAAAUGCUAAGUCCAAUUAUUAGUAUGACAGAGGCUUGCCAUGUGUGGAAUUAUGUGAAUUUGUACAAGAAGCUAGGAACAGUGCUUAAGAUGCCGCACCCCUGCUCGCGAUUUCUGGCCUAUGAACAAGACAAGCUGCAGGAAUCGGAUGACACAAGUGGAGGAUGUGUGACUGUUGGAAAUGGAAAAGCUGUCAAUGUGUUGGGGAUCGGAACAGUCAAGCUGAAGUUAACUUCAGGAAAGACGUUAAUCCUUCACAAUGUGCAGCAUUCUCCUGAGAUCCGACGGAACCUGAUUAGUGGAUCUUUACUAGUGCAAUUAGGAUAUAAGAUUGUUUUAGAAUCUAAUAAAGUUGUAAUUUCUAAGGAAGAAAUGUUUAUUGGAAAAGGUUUUGUAUCUGAGGGUUUGUUCAAACUGAAUGUACUUUCUUUUGCUGAUAAUAAAAAUUCUUCUUCUUCUACUUCUUCUACUGUUAUUUUGAAUACUGAAUCUUGUGAUAUAUGGCAUGGCAGAUUAGGGCAUGUGAACCUUAGAUCUAUUCUGAAACUAUCCAAUCUUAAUCUUGUACCCAAAUUCAAGAUUGAUCCUAUGUCCAAAUGUGAGAUUUGUACCCAAGCUAAGCAGCCUAGGAAAUCUUUUAAAUCUGUUCCUUAUAGGGAUACCCAGAUUCUUGAACUGAUUCAUAGUGAUGUCUGUGAUUCCAAUAGAGGUCCUACUCGUGGAGGAAGUCGUUUCUUUGUGACCUUUAUAGACGACUAUUCUAAAUUUUGUUACACCUAUCUCUUAAAGACCAAAGAUGAAGUCCUGAAGGAGAUUAGAAGAAGAGACAAUAGAAGACAGAAAAGAUCGAUUGUUUCCUACUGUUUCACUCUCAACAUAUUAUUCCUUUCGUGCCUGUUCUUUUCUUUGUAUAAUUCUUAUAACAUGCAAAAUUGAA